AUGCGCGCCCGCAGAGGCGGUAGCGGGGGAACACUCCGAGAGUCGGGAUGCAUGAUGCCAUACAUGGCUUUGAACCCGAGAGGGCAGUCGGCCCGAUUCAAUCCUGGAACAACGGAUGGCUGCGCCGGAGCAAGGCACAAGUCCCCAUCAUGCUUGGUUGUCUCUGAUGCGCGCAGUAUGAUAAAUAUGCACGAGCAGCAUUCUUUGAGGUUCGAAAAGGUACUACGCGGUAGUGUAGACGUCUUUCAAAUGGAGCAGGCAGAGUGCACCUACAGGAGUGGUUAUCUUUACCCUACAGAUACGCGUCGCCGUACCUUCCCCUCUUUUCUUAUCUCACAUCUAGCGAAGGCUGCCUUG